UUAUAGAUGAAAGAAACACGGAUAACAUGUGAUACCGAAAUUCCAAUAUCAACAGGUAAUGGCAACAGAUUUAAUCAUUGCAUUGGAAAAUAUCAUAAUUAUAGCUUACCACAUGGUAUAACAAUUGCUAAUGAUAACGAUAAACAUUAUGAUAAGCCACAAAAGGAGGAUGAUUUAUCAAUGGAAAUUAUUGGAUCAACAGAAGGAACAACAACAAUGAAUUGUAUACAUAAUAAUGAAACAUGUAAUCAAUGUUAUUCGGAUAUUCGUCUUCGUAAUUAUGAUAUACCCAAGGAUACUAUUAAUAGUAACAUUUUGGAAAGGUUAUCAUAAUUUUCUUCCUUU